AUGGCUACCCCUAGUGUCCUAGCUUUUGACGCUGAGGGUCGCGCCAUUGAUUUUGAGGUCUGGUUGGACGACCUGCAGCUGUUCUUACAGUGCGACAGGGCUGACGACCUUUCUCUCUUUGACCUCACCUCUGGCGCCUCUCCUGCUCCUGCUGCUGAUGCUGAUCCCGCUGUCCGCUCUAAGUGGGCCACCCGCGAUGCUGCUGCACGUCUUGCUGUGCGUCGCCACCUCCCUACCUCUGAGCGUGCGCACUUUAGUCAGUACAAGAGUGCUCAGACCUUGUACGACGCUGUAGUUGCGCGCUACUCCUCCCCUGCCACUGCUGCACUGAGCCUGACACUCGCUACCCGCGCCGCCCUUCCUGCUGAGUUCUGCGCUAAGAACCCCCCCCCCAUGUACAUCGCUCUCUACUACGUAGUCGCACGCCUCCCUGACUCCCUUCGCGUCGUCAGGGACCACUUUCUCGCAGUCUGUCCCACCACUCUCACCGUCGACCUCCUCGAGAAGGCCCUCCUUGCAGCGGAGAAGAGCAUAGUCGCUGUAGGUGCUUCUCGUGGUGACCCUCGCACCCCCAUCUUUGAGGGGUGCUCUCCUUCCCCCUUGCUGCCCUCUGUUGCCUCUGCUGCUGCUGCCGACCUGCUUGGUCUUGAGUCGGUCGGCGCGGCGUCUGCCCCUAGUGGGAGACGUCGCUCCAGCAAGGGCAAGGGGGGCAAGGGCGCGGGUGGAGCUGGAGGGGGCGGUGGCGGUGGCGGCGGUGGCGGCGGAGGGAGUGGGGGUGGCGGCGGGGCUAGUGGCGGGGGUGGUGGUGGUGGUGGCGGCAGCAGCGGCGGAGACGGUGGUGGUGGUGCCAGCGGUGGUGGUGGAGGCAGUGGCGGAGGUGGAGGCGGCGGAGGUGGAGGCAGUGGAGGCGGCAGCGGAGGAGGCAGUAGUGGUGGAGGAGGUGGAGCUGGUCGGGGUGGUACCCAGCAGCGUAGCGGCGGUGGUGGUGGCCAGCGCUCGCACCGGCAGCAGCAGCAGCGCUCGCGGGACAUCCCUUCGCCUCAGCAGCUUCGUGAGUGGUACGCUGGGCGUCAGAGGGGUGGGGGUACUGGUCCCUGCACCUACGUUCUUCGUUCCGGCGACCGCGCGGGUGAGCAGUGUGGGGGUGCCCACGCCACCCAGCGCUGCUUUGGCCGCCUGACGGACGCUUGGCGUCAGCAGUUCCCUGGGGCUAGUGAGAUCCCUCGCUGGGAUGAGCUUCUCAGGGCUGGUGUAGCGAUCUUUGAUCUUGAUUUUGAUGCUAUCCUUACUGCUAUGUAUGUUGUGGAUUAUAGUGAGGAGAAUGAGGGUUACCGGUGUUUUCAGCCCGACCCGGGCAUUGGUACUGCUGCGCUAGGUGCUUGUGAGGCUGCUGCUCUAGGUGCCAGUGCGUCUGCGCUCUCAGGUACUGGUGAGACUGCGCUCUCAGGUACUGAGUCGUCCUCGUCCUCCCUCACUUUCACACUUGACUCCGGAGCUUCUCGCUCCUUCUUUCGAGACCGCACUACCCUUUCGCCGCUCGCCAGGCCGGUUGCGGUCUCCCUUGCUGACCCCUCUGGGGGUCCUGUCCUGUCUCACUUCUCCACUGUCCUCCCGUGUCCGGCUGCCCCUUCGGGCACCCUGUCGGGUCUGUACCUUCCCUCGUUCUCUACGAACUUGGUGAGUGGAGCGGACCUGCAGGAUGGGGGUGUUCACCAGUUCACUCCUGCGCGUCAGAGGGUGACCCACUGCACGGAGGCUCGCACAGGCCGACACCUGGCCACGUUCUCACGUCGGCCGGGGUCGAGUCUCUACACCCUGACCGUUGAGUCUCCUCCUGUCCCUGCGUCUGGUCAGGUGGCUGCGUCGGGUCAGGUACUUGCUGCUGCGUCCCGGUCAGGUCCUGAGUCUGCCCCCUGUUCUUGUCGCCUCCUGUCUCACGAGACUCUCCUGUGGCACCACCGUCUUGGCCACCCCUCCUUGCCCCGUCUUCGGAGCAUGGCUUCCCGUGUCCUUGUCUCUGGUCUUCCCCAGUCUCUCCCUCCUCUCCCCUCCGGGCCAGGACCUUCCUGUGUCCCCUGUGUCGAGGGUCGCCUCCGGGCUACUCCUCACUCCUCCCACUUCCCCCCGACAGAGGCUCCCCUGCAGACGCUUCACAUGGAUGUGUGGGGCCCAGCCCCCGUCCGUGGGCAGGGUUACGAGCGCUACUUCCUGUUGGUGGUUGACGACUACUCGCGUUACACCACAGUCCUCCCCUUGCGCAGCAAGGGUGCGGUCACUGAGGUGCUGAUCGAAUGGAUCCGCGAGGCUCGUCUCCAGCUCAGGAAGAGCUUCGGCUCGGACUUUCCUGUUCUGCGUCUGCACUCUGACAGAGGCGGAGAGUUCUCUUCUCGCCUUCUGCGAGACUACUGUCGUGCACGGGGGAUCCACCAGACCUUCACGCUUCCGGACUCACCACAGCAAAAUGGGAUUGCUGAGCGCCGCAUUGGCAUGGUCAUGGAUGUCGCUCGUACGUCCAUGAUGCAUGCGGCUGCCCCCCAUUUUCUGUGGCCGUUUGCGGUGAGGUACGCGGCGCAUCAGCUCAACCUUCACCCCCGGGUCUCUCGGCCAGCGAUGUCCCCAGCCUUGCUGUGGACGGGGAAGGUUGGCGAUGCGUCUGUGUUCCGUGUCUGGGGAUCUCGGGCGUUUGUCCGCGACUUGUCUGCGGACAAGCUGUCCCCUCGUGCUGCUCCCUGUGUCUUCCUUGGCUUCCCCACUGACGCCCCAGGGUGGCAAUUUUACCACCCCUCCUCUCGUCGUGUUCUGUCCUCCCAGGACGUCACGUUCGACGAGUCAGUCCCCUUCUACCGUCUCUUCCCCUACCGCACUCCUUCCCUCCCCCCUCCCCCGGACUUCCUUGUGCCGGUUCCCCCCCCGGUAGACCCCCUCCCCCCUCAGGUUCCUGCCCCCUCAGGUGUGUCCCAGGUAGACGCCGUUGACCCGGUCGAGGUUACUGGUGACUCUGGUGCUGCUGCGGGUGCUGAGCCUGGGGGUGCUGACUCUGGGGGUGCUGUGCGCGGGGGUGCUGAGCCUGGGGGUGCUACUGCUGGGGGUGCUGGGCCUGAGGGUGCUACUGCGGAGGGUGCGGAGCCUGGGGGUGCUGAGCCGGGGGGUGCUGUGCCUGGAGGUGCUGGGUCUGGGGGUGCUGGGUCGAGAGCUGCUGAGCCUGGGGGUGCUGAGCUGGGAGCUGCUGAGCCUGGGGGUGCUGCGUCUGGAGCUACUGAGCCUGGGGUUUCUCCUGCUGCUGCGUCUCGCCGGGAGCCCCUCUCUCCACAGGAGCUGCGCGAGUGGUUCGCUCGCCGCUGGAGGCGUGCUGCUGAGUCUGGAGGUGCUGCUGGAGCUGGAGCUGGAGCUUCUUCGACCGUCGAGGGUGCGGGUGCAGCCGGUCCCGGAGCUGCUGGCCCUGCAGGUCCUCCUGGAGCUGGAGCUGCUGAGGGCGUUCGUGCUGAGCCUGCUGCUGUUGGUCCUGCCGCUGGAGGUGUGGGUGGCGCUGGUGCUGUCGCUGAGGGUGCUGGUGCUGUCCCUGCUGAGUCUGGAGCUGCCGCGCGGCCUCGGCCGUACUUCGUUCCGCUCCUUCAGCAGGUUCUUGGUCUUUCUCCUCCAGUAGAGGGUCCACCGCCUGUCCAGUCGCAGCCCCUACUGGAGCCUUCCUCUCCGCUGCCUGCUCCCUCUCCUUACACUGGUCCUACUGGAGGUCUUGCUGAGCGUCGUGAGCCUGCGUCUCGUCCCGCGUCGCCUGUUCGUGCUGCUCGCGCUAGUGGUCGCAGUUCGCGUCAGCGUCCUCCUCCUGUCCCUGGCACGCACCGGAUGUCUUUGCGUCCGUCCACUGCUCCUCUGCGUGCCCCUUUGCCUUCUCCUCCUGAGUCCUCUCUUCCUGCGCUUGCGGACCCUGAGUCGGACUCUCUUCGUGCUGCCAGUCCCACUGUCACGCGUCUGCUUGCUACUGUCGUCACUGACCCCUCUUUUGAGUCCACUGCUGCGUCUGCUCUAGUCGCUGAGCUCGUCGACUUUGCUGCUCGCUGUCGUCUCGACUACGCUGCUAGUCUUGUUGCUGAGUCUGCGUCUGUCUGUCCUCCGUCCGUCGGGGGUGAGUGUGCUCUUGGCACAGACGUCCUAGAGGACAGGCAGGAGGAGUUACAGUGUCUAGCGGCUGCUUCACCUCAUCUCGCGUCUGUACUGCUUGCCCCUGAGGGAGACCCGGAUGCACUAGACAUCCCGACUCCGCGUUCUUACGCGGAGGCCGUAGAGGGUCCCUACUCCUCUCAGUGGCAGGCAGCUAUGGAUGCAGAGAUGGCUUCCUAG